AUGGGCUCCCCGGGCUCCCGGGGGACCCAGCGAGCGAGCCCCGCGCCGCUUCCCGGCCGCCGGCCACCCUCCCCCCCCCGGGGGGCGCGCACGCAGCUGCCUUCGGAUCACGGUCUCCGGGCGCUCCGGAGACGCGCGGGUCGCCCGGGACGCGAGGAGUCCCCGUGCCGUGGCCCUGCCGCGCCCUCCUCUCCGGUGCGGGGCGAGGUGCCGCCCGCGAUCACCCUGAGCGGCCUAAGGAGUGGCCCGGCCCGGCGAGGGGAGGCGAUGCCCGGGCUGUGGGGAGGAGAGCCGAGGCGGGUGGCGGCCCCAUCCCCUCCGCGGCUCAGCCCCGCCGCCUCUGCCGCAGGCUCCCGGAGCGUUGCGCGAGCAGAGACUGCCCUUCCCCCGGCCCUUCCCAUACCCCUCUCCGCCCGGCUCGACCUCUCCCGCCUUCCAGGGCCCCCGCCCCGCCCAGCCUCCCGCGUCCGGGCUCACAGGGGUCCGCUCCGAAAGGCCCGGCGCGCCGCCGAGUCCCCUCUGGCCGUCUCCGCAGCCACGGACCAGCGCUGCGGGGGGCUCCCGCUGGGUCGGCGACGGGAUUGGAGAACCCCCUAACAGUUCCCUUCCCUGUU